CGAAGUUGCGCGUGUCGUUCUCUUCGUUCUCUUCGUUCUCUUCGUAGGCGCUGUACUGCACCUGGAGAAUUUCUACACAUGUAAUAUAAUUGUCGUUGGGGGAUUUGUGCAGGGUGAACCGUGUCCCGGCCGACAAAUCCUGCAUAAAAUUGGCACUGGCGUUACAUCCGGUGCUUAUACCUGUGAGACUUGAAUGGCAAGGUUAACAACACCAAAAUCUGCUCUCAGUGAUCGCAUUUAUUCAUCUACUUUUACCAGCUUCUACUACAGAAGAGUACUCUCUGUUCUCGCUCGAAUCAUAGCAUUACCACACCUGCUUUGCUUUGGCACUGUCUCUUCUACCCAGUGCAGGCAGGGUUUGAUCCUCUCCAUCAAAUUGCUGUGAGGAAGGGCUGUCAGGAAUAUGUCUCCCAUCCAGGAAUGCAAUCCUAUUUCAGAAGGAGUCUCCAAAGAUGACUUGGUCAUUCCUGUGAUCGACUUUGAACCCUAUCUUACUGGUACCCCAGCCGACAGACAUGCCGUGGGAAUUUCCAUAACAAAGGCCUUCAAAACGUCGGGAUUCUUAUACUUGAAAAACCACGGAAUUCCUCCAUCGAUUGUGAAGAAUAUCUUCAACACAUCUGCUGGAUUCUUUGGAAGGCCACGGCCUGAAAAGGACAGUUUAGCAUGGACAACCGCGCAAGCGAACAGGGGUUAUACGGCCAUGGGCCGGGAGAAAGUCACCCAGUCCUCCGACAUGGACGAGAUCAAGAAGAUGAGGGAAACAAUCCCCGAUUUAAAAGAGAGCUUUGAGAUCGGCCGUGAAGAUGAAGAGGGGUGCCCGAAUCAAUGGCCCGACAAGAUAGAUGAUCAAGGAAGGGUGUUCACGGAGAUCAUGAGAGCAUUCUUCCUGACAUGCAAAGAGCUACAUAUCAAGAUUAUGCGCGCCAUAGCCCUAGGCAUGUGUCUUCCCGAAAGCUUCUUCGACGAGUACACCGACGCUGGGGAUAACACGUUGAGACUCUUGCAUUAUCCAUCCGUUCCCAAAUCCGUUUUCAGGGACAAUGAGGGCCAAGUUCGCGCGGGGGAGCAUAGCGACUACGGGUCUAUUACGCUACUUUUCCAGGAUGCCCGGGGCGGUCUGCAAGUCCGAUCUCCCAAGGGAACCUUUAUCGACGCUGUCCCAAUUGCCGACACCAUUGUGAUAAAUGCUGGCGAUUUGCUCGCGCGGUGGGCCAAUGAUCAGAUCAAAAGCACGCAUCAUCGAGUUGUGGAACCUCCUCCAAGGCAAGGAGGUGAUGAGAAUUCAGACGUAUAUCCGGCGCGCUAUAGUGUGGCCUAUUUUUGUAACCCCAAUUUCCACAAAUUUAUCGAGGCGAUUCCUGGUACGUUUGGCGGUGAGCUGGGGGCGAAGAAGUAUGAAAGGAUCAAUUCGGGAGAGUAUCUUGUUCGGAGGCUCACGGAGACGUAUUGAUAUCUUGGAGUUAUUCUCACUCCCGAGGUCUAAGUACAAUGACCAUGACCCAAAUAGGAUGAGGAGUCUUUCGAUUCCCUAUUAGCUCGGAAUUAAGCGAUUUGUAUUUCGUCUUACUGGGGAACUGGUGUCAACAACCUAGUUAAUUUGGCAGUGUUUUUUGUGAGUGAUUAUUUCUGUUAUGUUUGCGGAUGACAUUGGUGCCGCGAUUACUCGGGUUCAACAUUAACAUGCCGCAAACAAAGUGAAAUUCUGGGGACUAGAGAAUGGUUUCCGGCUCUGGCUUUAUUCUUCAAUCUCCAUUUAUUAGUCCUCAAAAGUGAAGAUGUUAUGAUAAAGAGUUCCA